AUGCUGACCAUGUGCCGGAUUCUGAAUCUGGCGGAGGCGUGCGAGGUGGUGGCGAACUUGCAGCUGGCGGUGUGUGGGGCCACGCGGAACUUUCCGAGCAGUUACGGUCCAGGAUCCCGAGGAUCCUGCGUGUCUUUGGCAGAAUCGCUCGAGUCGCCGUUGGCACCCGUGUCGGAAGCGCCCGCCGGGGUAGCGCCCUUAGCGCGUACUUUCCCCCGCCACGUGGGGGAUCUUGUAGGGGCUGCUCAAGCCGGGACCCCCGUGGACACGCUUCAGUCGUCGGCACAUCUCCUUCUUGCAGUAUCGGCGUGCAUGCGCUCGAUGCUUGAGGUGGAAGGGGCGGAGCCGUACACGAUGCGCCUCAAAUUUCAAGCCUCUCAUGGCUUAACUUCUCUUCUCCCUCCUUUCCAUCCACCAUUCUUCUCCCUUCUUUCCAUCCCCCAUACUUCUCCCUCCUUUCCAUCCCCCAUACUUCUCCCUCCUUUCCAUCCCCCAUACUUCUCCCUCCUUUCCAUCCCCCAUACUUCUCCCUCCUUUCCAUCCCCCAUACUUCUCCCUCCUUUCCAUCCCCCAUACUUCUCCCUCCUUUCCAUCCCCCAUUCUUCUCCCUCCUUUCCAUCCCUCAUACUUCUCCCUCCUUUCCAUCCCCCAUACUUCUCCCUCCUUUCCAUCCCCCAUACUUCUCCCUCCUUUCCAUCCCCCAUACUUCUCCCUCCUUUCCAUCCCCCAUACUUCUCCCUCCUUUCCAUCCCCCAUACUUCCUCCUUUCCAUCCCCCAUACUUCCUCCUUUCCAUCCCCCAUACUUCUCCCUCCUUUCCAUCCCCCAUACUUCCUCCUUUCCAUCCCCCAUACUUCCUCCUUUCCAUCCCCCAUACUUCCUCCUUUCCAUCCCCCAUACUUCCUCCUUUCCAUCCCCCAUACUUCCUCCUUUCCAUCCCCCAUACUUCCUCCUUUCCAUCCCCCAUACUUCCUCCUUUCCAUCCCCCAUACUUCCUCCUUUCCAUCCCCCAUACUUCCUCCUUUCCAUCCCCCAUACUUCCUCCUUUCCAUCCCCCAUACUUCCUCCUUUCCAUCCCCCAUACUUCCUCCUUUCCAUCCCCCAUACUUCCUCCUUUCCAUCCCCCAUACUUCCUCCUUUCCAUCCCCCAUACUCCCUCCUUUCCAUCCCCCAUACUCCCUCCUUUCCAUCCCCCAUACUCCCUCCUUCCCAUCCCCCAUACUCCCUCCUUUCCAUCCCCCAUACUCCCUCCUUCCCAUCCCCCAUACUUCCUCCUUCUUUCCAUCCCCCAUACUUCCUCCUUUCCAUCCCCCAUACUUCCUCCUUUCCAUCCCCCAUACUUCCUCCUUUCCAUCCCCCAUACUUCCUCCUUUCCAUCCCCCAUACUUCCUCCUUUCCAUCCCCCAUACUCCCUCCUUUCCAUCCCCCAUACUUCCUCCUUUCCAUCCCCCAUACUUCCUCCUUUCCAUCCCCCAUACUUCCUCCUUUCCAUCCCCCAUACUUCCUCCUUUCCAUCCCCCAUACUUCCUCCUUUCCAUCCCCCAUACUUCCUCCUUUCCAUCCCCCAUACUUCCUCCUUUCCAUCCCCCAUACUUCCUCCUUUCCAUCCCCCAUACUUCUCCCUCCUUUCCAUCCCCCAUAUUUCCUCCUUUCCAUCCCCCAUACUUCCUCCUUUCCAUCCCCCAUACUUCCUCCUUUCCAUCCCCCAUACUUCUCCCUCCUUUCCAUCCCCCAUACUUCCUCCUUUCCAUCCCCCAUACUUCCUCCUUUCCAUCCCCCAUACUUCUCCCUCCUUUCCAUCCCCCAUACUUCUCCCUCCUUUCCAUCCCCCAUACUUCCUCCUUUCCAUCCCCCAUACUUCUCCCUCCUUUCCAUCCCCCAUACUUCUCCCUCCUUUCCAUCCCCCAUACUUCCUCCUUUCCAUCCCCCAUACUUCCUCCUUUCCAUCCCCCAUACUUCCUCCUUUCCAUCCCCCAUACUUCCUCCUUUCCAUCCCCCAUACUUCUUCCUCCUUUCCAUCCCCCAUACUUCCUCCUUUCCAUCCCCCAUACUUCCUCCUUUCCAUCCCCCAUACUUCCUCCUUUCCAUCCCCCAUACUUCCUCCUUUCCAUCCCCCAUACUUCCUCCUUUCCAUCCCCCAUACUUCCUCCUUUCCAUCCCCCAUACUUCCUCCUUUCCAUCCCCCAUACUUCCUCCUUUCCAUCCCCCAUACUUCCUCCUUUCCAUCCCCCAUACUUCCUCCUUUCCAUCCCCCAUACUCCCUCCUUUCCAUCCCCCAUACUUCUCCCUCCUUUCCAUCCCCCAUACUUCUCCCUCCUUUCCAUCCCCCAUACUUCUCCCUCCUUUCCAUCCCCCAUACUUCUCCCUCCUUUCCAUCCCCCAUACUUCCUCCUUUCCAUCCCCCAUACUUCUCCCUCCUUUCCAUCCCCCAUACUUCUCCCUCCUUUCCAUCUCCCAUACUUCCUCCUUUCCAUCCCCCAUACUUCUCCCUCCUUUCCAUCCCCCAUACUUCCUCCUUUCCAUCCCCCAUACUUCCUCCUUUGCAUCCCCCAUACUUCCUCCUUUCCAUCCCCCAUACUUCUCCCUCCUUUCCAUCCCCCAUACUUCUCCCUCCUUUCCAUCCCCCAUACUUCUCCCUCCUUUCCAUCCCCCAUACUCCCUCCUUUCCAUCCCCCAUACUUCUCCCUCCUUUCCAUCCCCCAUACUUCUCCCUCCUUUCCAUCCCCCAUACUUCCUCCUUUGCAUCCCCCAUACUUCCUCCUUUGCAUCCCCCAUACUUCCUCCUUUCCAUCCCCCAUACUUCUCCCUCCUUUCCAUCCCCCAUACUUCCUCCUUUCCAUCCCCCAUACUUCCUCCUUUCCAUCCCCCAUACUUCCUCCUUUCCAUCCCCCAUACUUCCUCCUUUCCAUCCCCCAUACUUCCUCCUUUCCAUCCCCCAUACUUCCUCCUUUCCAUCCCCCAUACUUCCUCCUUUCCAUCCCCCAUACUUCCUCCUUUCCAUCCCCCAUACUUCCUCCUUUCCAUCCCCCAUACUUCCUCUUUUCCAUCCCCCAUACUUCCUCCUUUCCAUCCCCCAUACUUCCUCCUUUCCAUCCCCCAUACUUCCUCCUUUCCAUCCCCCAUACUUCCUCCUUUCCAUCCCCCAUACUUCCUCCUUUCCAUCCCCCAUACUUCCUCCUUUCCAUCCCCCAUACUUCCUCCUUUCCAUCCCCCAUACUUCCUCCUUUCCAUCCCCCAUACUUCCUCCUUUCCAUCCCCCAUACUUCCUCCUUUCCAUCCCCCAUACUCCCUCCUUUCCAUCCCCCAUACUUCUCCCUCCUUUCCAUCCCCCAUACUUCUCCCUCCUUUCCAUCCCCCAUACUUCUCCCUCCUUUCCAUCCCCCAUACUUCUCCCUCCUUUCCAUCCCCCAUACUUCCUCCUUUCCAUCCCCCAUACUUCUCCCUCCUUUCCAUCCCCCAUACUUCUCCCUCCUUUCCAUCUCCCAUACUUCCUCCUUUCCAUCCCCCAUACUUCUCCCUCCUUUCCAUCCCCCAUACUUCCUCCUUUCCAUCCCCCAUACUUCCUCCUUUGCAUCCCCCAUACUUCCUCCUUUCCAUCCCCCAUACUUCUCCCUCCUUUCCAUCCCCCAUACUUCUCCCUCCUUUCCAUCCCCCAUACUUCUCCCUCCUUUCCAUCCCCCAUACUUCCUCCUUUCCAUCCCCCAUACUUCCUCCUUUCCAUCCCCCAUACUUCCUCCUUUCCAUCCCCCAUACUUCCUCCUUUCCAUCCCCCAUACUUCCUCCUUUCCAUCCCCCAUACUUCUCCCUCCUUUCCAUCCCCCAUAUUUCCUCCUUUCCAUCCCCCAUACUUCCUCCUUUCCAUCCCCCAUACUUCCUCCUUUCCAUCCCCCAUACUUCUCCCUCCUUUCCAUCCCCCAUACUUCCUCCUUUCCAUCCCCCAUACUUCCUCCUUUCCAUCCCCCAUACUUCUCCCUCCUUUCCAUCCCCCAUACUUCUCCCUCCUUUCCAUCCCCCAUACUUCCUCCUUUCCAUCCCCCAUACUUCUCCCUCCUUUCCAUCCCCCAUACUUCUCCCUCCUUUCCAUCCCCCAUACUUCCUCCUUUCCAUCCCCCAUACUUCCUCCUUUCCAUCCCCCAUACUUCCUCCUUUCCAUCCCCCAUACUUCCUCCUUUCCAUCCCCCAUACUUCUUCCUCCUUUCCAUCCCCCAUACUUCCUCCUUUCCAUCCCCCAUACUUCCUCCUUUCCAUCCCCCAUACUUCCUCCUUUCCAUCCCCCAUACUUCCUCCUUUCCAUCCCCCAUACUUCCUCCUUUCCAUCCCCCAUACUUCCUCCUUUCCAUCCCCCAUACUUCCUCCUUUCCAUCCCCCAUACUUCCUCCUUUCCAUCCCCCAUACUUCCUCCUUUCCAUCCCCCAUACUUCCUCCUUUCCAUCCCCCAUACUCCCUCCUUUCCAUCCCCCAUACUUCUCCCUCCUUUCCAUCCCCCAUACUUCUCCCUCCUUUCCAUCCCCCAUACUUCUCCCUCCUUUCCAUCCCCCAUACUUCUCCCUCCUUUCCAUCCCCCAUACUUCCUCCUUUCCAUCCCCCAUACUUCUCCCUCCUUUCCAUCCCCCAUACUUCUCCCUCCUUUCCAUCUCCCAUACUUCCUCCUUUCCAUCCCCCAUACUUCUCCCUCCUUUCCAUCCCCCAUACUUCCUCCUUUCCAUCCCCCAUACUUCCUCCUUUGCAUCCCCCAUACUUCCUCCUUUCCAUCCCCCAUACUUCUCCCUCCUUUCCAUCCCCCAUACUUCUCCCUCCUUUCCAUCCCCCAUACUUCUCCCUCCUUUCCAUCCCCCAUACUCCCUCCUUUCCAUCCCCCAUACUUCUCCCUCCUUUCCAUCCCCCAUACUUCUCCCUCCUUUCCAUCCCCCAUACUUCCUCCUUUGCAUCCCCCAUACUUCCUCCUUUGCAUCCCCCAUACUUCCUCCUUUCCAUCCCCCAUACUUCUCCCUCCUUUCCAUCCCCCAUACUUCCUCCUUUCCAUCCCCCAUACUUCCUCCUUUCCAUCCCCCAUACUUCCUCCUUUCCAUCCCCCAUACUUCCUCCUUUCCAUCCCCCAUACUUCCUCCUUUCCAUCCCCCAUACUUCCUCCUUUCCAUCCCCCAUACUUCCUCCUUUCCAUCCCCCAUACUUCCUCCUUUCCAUCCCCCAUACUUCCUCCUUUCCAUCCCCCAUACUUCCUCUUUUCCAUCCCCCAUACUUCCUCCUUUCCAUCCCCCAUACUUCCUCCUUUCCAUCCCCCAUACUUCCUCCUUUCCAUCCCCCAUACUUCCUCCUUUCCAUCCCCCAUACUUCCUCCUUUCCAUCCCCCAUACUUCCUCCUUUCCAUCCCCCAUACUUCCUCCUUUCCAUCCCCCAUACUUCCUCCUUUCCAUCCCCCAUACUUCCUCCUUUCCAUCCCCCAUACUUCCUCCUUUCCAUCCCCCAUACUUCCUCCUUUCCAUCCCCCAUACUUCCUCCUUUCCAUCCCCCAUACUUCCUCCUUUCCAUCCCCCAUACUUCCUCCUUUCCAUCCCCCAUACUUCCUCCUUUCCAUCCCCCAUACUUCCUCCUUUCCAUCCCCCAUACUUCCUCCUUUCCAUCCCCCAUACUUCCUCUUUCCAUCCCCCAUACUUCCUCCUUUCCAUCCCCCAUACUUCCUCCUUUCCAUCCCCCAUACUUCCUCCUUUCCAUCCCCCAUACUUCCUCCUUUCCAUCCCCCAUACUUCCUCCUUUCCAUCCCCCAUACUUCCUCCUUUCCAUCCCCCAUACUUCUCCCUCCUUUCCAUCCCCCAUAUUUCCUCCUUUCCAUCCCCCAUACUUCCUCCUUUCCAUCCCCCAUACUUCCUCCUUUCCAUCCCCCAUACUUCUCCCUCCUUUCCAUCCCCCAUACUUCCUCCUUUCCAUCCCCCAUACUUCCUCCUUUCCAUCCCCCAUACUUCUCCCUCCUUUCCAUCCCCCAUACUUCCUCCUUUCCAUCCCCCAUACUUCCUCCUUUCCAUCCCCCAUACUUCCUCCUUUCCAUCCCCCAUACUUCCUCCUUUCCAUCCCCCAUACUUCCUCCUUUCCAUCCCCCAUACUUCUCCCUCCUUUCCAUCCCCCAUACUUCCUCCUUUCCAUCCCCCAUACUUCCUCCUUUCCAUCCCCCAUACUUCCUCCUUUCCAUCCCCCAUACUUCUCCCUCCUUUCCAUCCCCCAUACUUCCUCCUUUCCAUCCCCCAUACUUCCUCCUUUCCAUCCCCCAUACUUCCUCCUUUCCAUCCCCCAUACUUCCUCCUUUCCAUCCCCCAUACUUCCUCCUUUCCAUCCCCCAUACUUCCUCCUUUCCAUCCCCCAUACUUCCUCCUUUCCAUCCCCCAUACUUCUCCCUCCUUUCCAUCCCCCAUACUUCCUCCUUUCCAUCCCCCAUACUUCCUCCUUUCCAUCCCCCAUACUUCCUCCUUUCCAUCCCCCAUACUUCCUCCUUUCCAUCCCCCAUACUUCCUCCUUUCCAUCCCCCAUACUUCCUCCUUUCCAUCCCCCAUACUUCCUCCUUUCCAUCCCCCAUACUUCCUCCUUUCCAUCCCCCAUACUUCCUCCUUUCCAUCCCCCAUACUUCCUCCUUUCCAUCCCCCAUACUUCCUCCUUUCCAUCCCCCAUACUUCCUCCUUUCCAUCCCCCAUACUUCCUCCUUUCCAUCCCCCAUACUUCCUCCUUUCCAUCCCCCAUACUUCCUCCUUUCCAUCCCCCAUACUUCCUCCUUUCCAUCCCCCAUACUUCCUCCUUUCCAUCCCCCAUACUUCCUCCUUUCCAUCCCCCAUACUUCCUCCUUUCCAUCCCCCAUACUUCCUCCUUUCCAUCCCCCAUACUUCUCCCUCCUUUCCAUCCCCCAUACUUCCUCCUUUCCAUCCCCCAUACUUCCUCCUUUCCAUCCCCCAUACUUCCUCCUUUCCAUCCCCCAUACUUCUCCCUCCUUUCCAUCCCCCAUACUUCCUCCUUUCCAUCCCCCAUACUUCCUCCUUUCCAUCCCCCAUACUUCCUCCUUUCCAUCCCCCAUACUUCUCCCUCCUUUCCAUCCCCCAUAGUUCCUCCUUUCCAUCCCCCAUACUUCCUCCUUUCCAUCCCCCAUACUUCCUCCUUUCCAUCCCCCAUACUUCUCCCUCCUUUCCAUCCCCCAUACUUCCUCCUUUCCAUCCCCCAUACUUCCUCCUUUCCAUCCCCCAUACUUCUCCCUCCUUUCCAUCCCCCAUACUUCUCCCUCCUUUCCAUCCCCCAUACUUCUCCCUCCUUUCCAUCCCCCAUACUUCCUCUUUUUCAUCCCCCAUACUUCUCCCUCCUUUCCAUCCCCCAUACUUCUCCCUCCUUUCCAUCCCCCAUACUGUUGGUGCAACCCUACGGUUUGCACUCGGCUUGUUGUCCGUGUGCGUGA